AUGCCAAACCCACCACGCUAUGGCAUGGUCGAGUUCUUCAACACUAUUCGUACUGACGCUCGAAUCUCUGCAUUCUAUGUUAACAAGCUUAUCACCAACGACAAGAUCGGCAUCCCCAGCACCCUGGAUGAAGGAUGGGUCACUGCUGUCACCGACAACUUGACCAGUUCGAUCAUCAAGGCUGCUGACCCCAGCAGCCUCAGUGCCACGACCGCCCUGAUUUCCAAGAGCCGCCUCAUCAGCAUCACCCAGCCUCUCUCGGCUGCCGCUGUGUUCCGUGAUGCCCAGAACCCGGACCUGGUCUAUGCGGCCGCCCAGCACACAAAGUUCUACACAAGGGAGCUGGAAGCCAUGAUGAAAGCGCGGAUCUAG